CAAGGUAUCGGGUACUAGAAAGAAAAGAUGUGUAUAACGAGUAAGGUACAUUUUACGACGUAAUGUAACAUUUUGGAUUAAUAGUUCCUGGAAUAUUUGUCUUGACCUUUUCUCGCGAUUUGGUUCAAUGUAAUUGUCAAAUUAUAGUAUGCGAGUGAAGAAAAAGUAUGCAAAACCCAGAGAGUAAGAGGAAAAGGCAUUCGAUAGAGGAGGAAAAAGAAGAUACGCCAAAGAUCAAAAAACCUAAAGAAGACAGAUCAAAAGAUUUGCUUACAAAGACAACUGAAAGAGAAGAAGAUUGGGAAUUAUGGGGACCAUAUUUAUCUGAGCGUCAGUGGGGUACUGUCAGGGAGGAUUAUAGUUCAGACACUGAUAGUUGGAACUAUGUAACGUAUGACAAAGCUAUAGGAUAUAGCUAUAAGUGGGGAGAAGAUGGUUUAUUAGGAUGGUGUGAUAGACAAGCUAGAAUGUGUACUGCUCUUGCUGUAUGGAAUGGUAAAGAUAAUAUUUUAAAGGAAAGAUUAUUUGGUUUAUCAGGUCCACAGGGUAACCAUGGUGAAGAUGUAAAAGAGUUAUAUUAUUAUAUAGAUAGUUUACCAGAUCAUAAAUAUAAUACAGCUGUAUAUAAAUAUUCACAAUCACCAUAUCCUUAUAAACAAAUACUAGAUAGUAAUAAACAACUAACCAAGUCUACUACAGAACUAGAACUACUCGAUACAGGUAUAUUUAAUGAUGGAUAUUGGGAUAUAAAUAUAGAAUAUAUUAAAGCUACACCUACCACAAUAUAUUGUAAAUGUACUGUAACAAAUCAUGGUAAAAAUACAGACACUUUAUACGUUCUACCUCAAGUAUGGUUCAGAAAUACUUGGAGUACAAGAACGGGAAGAAAUCCAGAACUUAAACCAAAACUUGAAAAACAAACAGACAACAGUGUAUCUGCUGAAUACAUGUUAGGUAAAUAUAUAGUAGAGUUUUUACCUGUAGAGAAGAAAGAUGUAGAUAUCAUAUUUACUGAUAAUCAUACAUCACCUUUAUAUACACCAGAUACUUCACAAACAGACAUAGAUUCAGAUGUUAGCAAGUUUUCUAAAGAUGCUUUUCAUCAAUAUAUUAUUCAUGGAAGAAAGAAUGCAGUAUACCCUAGUCAGUGUGGAACAAAAUGUGCUGCCAUUCACAAAAUAAAACUAACAGCUGGUGGGAGUCAAAUGAUAUACUGGACCAUAAAAGCUAUCAAUGAUAGACCAGAUCAGAAUAUUUCAUCAAUUUCAAGAAUAGAAGACGUUCUUGCAAAAAGAAAGUUAGACGCUGAUGAAUUUUAUUCAAAGAUUUUACCAGAAGAAUGGAGUAAAGAAGAAAAGAGAAUAUGUAGACUAGCUAUGGCUGGAUUAUUAUGGUCUAAACAGUUUUAUUAUUACCAUGUACAAACACAUCAACAUGAAGUUGAAAAAGUUAAUUCAACAUAUAAUGAUGUAAAGUUAUGGAAUAAACAUUGGAAACAUUUAAAGAACCAUGAUAUAAUAUCUGUACCAGAUAAAUGGGAAUUUCCGUGGUAUGCACCGUGGGAUUUAGCUUUCCAUAUGAUUACAUUCUCCAGACUUGAUACACAUUUUAGUAAAAAACAGAUGCUGUUGUUUUUAUCUGAUAGAUAUAUGAAACCUAAUGGCCAGUUACCUGGCUGUGAAUAUGAUAUGGAUGCUACCAAUCCUCCACUUCAUGCCUGGGCUUGUUUUAAAAUUUAUAUGAUGGAUAAAGCACAAGACAAGAUGUUUCUACAAGACUGUUUUCAAGGUCUACUGAAGAAUUAUAACUGGUGGCAUAAUUCAUUAGACCCUGAUAAAUGUCAUCUAUAUGGUGGUGGAUUUCUAGGGUUGGAUAAUAUCAGUGUAAUUGAUAGAACAGCCAGUAAUUUACCACCAAAUUGCAAGCUGUUACAGAGUGAUGCUACAGGUUGGAUGGGGUUUUAUUGUUUAACUAUGAUGGAGAUAGCUCUAGAAUUAUCUUCUAUAGAUCAGACAUAUUUAAAUAAAGUAGAAAUCUUUUUAGAUCUGUUUUUAAUAAUUGCUAAUCAGAUAAACCAAUCAGUAACUUCAACAGGAUUAUGGGAUGAGGAAGACAAAUUUUUCUAUGAUGUCCUGAUAUCUGGUAAAGAUCGCAAACCGUUAAAGAUAAGAUCUUUAGUUGGUAUUGUUCCAUUAUUUGCCUGUAGAGUGAUCCAUCUUGACACACCAUCAUCCAGCCUUUCUACAAAACUUAAUUCAACCAGGAGAUUUAUAAAACCAUUAAAUAAUAAUAGAUAUCUGAUAUCACUAGUAGAGGAAGUUAGAUUAAAGGAAAUAUUUAAUACAGUAUUUAAUACACAGGAGUUUUUAUCACCAUAUGGUAUUAGAUCAUUAUCAAAGGUAUAUGAGAUUCCCUAUGUAACAGAGAUAGAUAAAAAGAAAAUGUCGUUAUCAUAUUGUCCUGGAGAAUCAGAUAGUAAUAUGUUUGGUGGUAACAGUAAUUGGAGAGGACCUGUAUGGUUACCAAUGAAUUAUAUAUUUAUGGAUAGUUUGAGUAUAUAUAAUACAGCAUAUAGUGAUAUGAAACUACCCUAUCCAUCAAACAGUAAUAAUACAUUAGAUUUAACCAGUAUUAUACAUGAUAUCAGUAGUAGAAUUAUUUCUAUAUUUUUACCUGAUAAACAUGGUAUUAGACCUCUACAUGGAAAUAUUAAAGAAUAUAAUAAAGAUGGUAAAUGGGAAGAUUUGGUAUUAUUUUAUGAAUACUUUAAUGCUGAAACUGGUAAAGGCUGUGGUGCCAGUCAUCAAACUGGAUGGACAUCACUUAUUGUAGAAUUCAUACAUCUAUUCUAUAAAACCAGCUGAUGAAUAAUUGAUAUAGCUAUAUUAUCUAACUUAUUCUUUACAUCUUUAAUAUAUAUAUAUACUAAUUAUCCUGGCCCGAAGAUCGUUUCUGGAGCACAUUUCAUAAACCGUUAUGUGCUUUGGGUUGAUUGGGGAUUUUUCCGUUGAAUAAUUUUUGUGUUACCCACUCUUACAUAAUUAUUAUACGGUGCAUAUCUUAUUGAAUUAUUGAAAGUUAAAGCUAUCUAACAACAUGUACACUACUAGUAUUUGGUUGUUGAACACCAAUAACACAGAGAUUGUCUAUAACUGUACCUUGAAAAACAUGUCCAAGGGCACAGGAUGUAGAUGUUUACGUAUGUUUUAGAUGAAAUUUAUAGAUUUUAAGAGACUUUUACAGAGUGCUAUAGUUAUCACUUUUUUAUGUCUGUUGAAAAUACAAGUUAAUAAACUAUACACAAUUA